AUGGUAAUGCUCACACUCAGUCAGCGCAUACACCGCACUCAUCGCAUUCACCGCACAAGUCUAACUCACACUCAGGGCAUACACCGCACUCAUCGCAUUCACCGCACAAGUCUAACUCACACUCAUCGCAUACACCGCACUCAUCGCAUUCACCGCACUUGUCUAGCUCACACUCAGUCAGCGCAUACACCGCACUCAUCGCAUUCACCGCACAAGUCUAACUCACACUCAGGGCAUACACCGCACUCAUCGCAUUCACCGCACAAGUCUAACUCACACUCAUCGCAUACACCGCACUCAUCGCAUUCACCGCACUUGUCUAGCUCACACUCAGUCAGCGCAUAACCGCACUCAUCGCAUUCACCGCACAAGUCUAACUCACACUCAGGGCAUACACCGCACUCAUCGCAUUCACCGCACAAGUCUAACUCACACUCAGGGCAUACACCGCACUCAUCGCAUUCACCGCACAAGUCUAACUCACACUCAGGGCAUACACCGCACUCAUCGCAUUCACCGCACAAGUCUAACUCACACUCAGGGCAUACACCGCACUCAUCGCAUUCACCGCACAAGUCUAACUCACACUCAUCGCAUACACCGCACUCAUCGCAUUCACCGCGCUUGUCUAGCUCACACUCAUCGCAUACACCGCACUCAUCGCAUUCACCGCACUUGUCUAGCUCACACUCAGCGCAUACACCGCACUCAUCGCAUUCACCGCACUUGUCUAGCUCACACUCAGCGCAUACACCGCACUCAUCGCAUUCACCGCACAAGUCUAACUCACACUCGUGCGUCACAUGCACCGCACUCAUCGCAUUCACCGCACUAGUCUUUAAUUGGGGGUAGAAAACAGACGAAAAACUACCACAAAACUAUCGUUAAGGCUACGAAAGCAUUCGAAAACCGCGCUCAAGUCGUAAACAG